AUGGAAAACAUCGAUAUCGCCAUUAUCGGCACUGGCCCCGCAGGCCUUGUGGCGCUCAAGAACUUGAGAGAGCAAGGCUUCAAUGCAGUCGCUUUUGAACGUCGCGAGUCUGUCGGGGGUUUGUGGGCAUACAGCGAUAAUACAGAUUAUACUACAGCAUUAGAUGACACCACUGUCAAUGUCAGCAAGUUUGUGUUUCAGAUUACCCGCCAUUUCCGUCUCGUAGACAAAUGCAACGAUACUUCGAAGCUUACGCGACACAUUUUGAUCUUCACAAGCACAUCAGAUUUGGAGUCACAGUACACAGGGUUCUGCGAAACUCUUCAGAUUCUGAAUGGAACGUUCAUUGUUCAAACACCAAUGGCCAGUCUCUACAUGAAAAAUGACUUGGAUGCUAAGAGAGUUAUGAUUGUCGGUAUUGGAAACACAGGUUGCGACAUUGCCCUGAGUCUUUGCAAACACGCAUCCAAAACCUAUUUGGCUUAUCGUCGUGGACGAUUCGUAGUAUCUCGCUACAAGAACAGCGGUGUACCGACUGAUAGCCAGAUCCCUUGGCCAGUACUCCGUCUCAAGUACCUUAUGGACUAUUAUUUACCCACUCUAUCAAAAUGGGCGACUGACAAGUUUAUGACCAACAAGAUGAUCAACGAUUGUGCCAAGCACGAGCCGGAUGAUGGCAAAAUCUUCGGAAGGCAGAGACUCAGGAUGGCCGAGAAAAGGAUCCGUGGAGAAUGGCGUCUGAUUCCUUGUCCAAGCAUGGCGCACAGAAACCCUGCCGUCCAAGAAGAUAUAUUCCCAGCGUUUCACAGCAAAGACAUAAUUCCGAUGCAAGGCUUUGUGGACUUUGCUGGGGAAGAUACUGUUUUGCUAGCAGACUGUACCACAGUUGAAGUUGACGUGGUGAUUUUUGCUACAGGCUAUCGACAUGAUUUCUCCAUUAUGCCGGAGCUCGAGAUGAAUGGCGCAGCUGGAAUGGGAUUGCAGACAGUGAAAAUGACAGAAAAGGAGCAAAAUCUGGAAGAUAAAGAGCAAGAACCAAGUCUCCCCCGACUCUAUCAAAUGAUAUUUCCGCCCAAGAGAGCUACUUCGAUAGCGUUUCUGAGCUGGUUGGCUCCGCAAGAGGCAGUCUGGUGCGUCUCCGAACUUGCUUCAAUGGCAGUCGCUCAAGCAUGGGUAGCAGAUUUUGCUCUCAAACAGAACCAUAAUCUGCCAACUUCAUACCAACCAUCUUCAAUCUUACCAACGGAGAAGGAGAUGGAGGCCGAGGUUGAUUCAUAUCACACGUGGUGGCGCAAAGAGUGGAAAACCGACCAUUCCAUUAUGGAAGGGUACGUAAGAGGCCAUAGUUUCUACCGUUUUCUUCAUGAUAUGGCGGGGACCGGUCUCUACAGUUACCUUGACCAUCCGCUCUCGUUCAAAGGAUGGUGGCUUUGGUGGAAUGAUCGUAAUCUUUGGAGGUGGCUUUCCAGAGGACCACUGAAUAGCUACUCGUGGCGGCUGUUUGAAACAGACCCUGAUGACAUUCCUGGGUGUGGAAGGAAGGCUUGGGUAGGUGCUAGAACAGCAGUUCAAGAAACCUAUGAGGAGUUGGAGAGAUUCAGGGAUACAAAGGCUAAGAACGAAUGA